ACUAAGCGCGCAAACCUGUUGACACUUGUCAUCGGUGUGAGCAUAAGUAAUAAGGCAAAAAUGUGAAUGGAAGUACUGUAGUUUUUGUAGUUGCGUUGUGUUGAUUAAAAACAAAGUGGACUUGCUGAUACUGAAUCAUUCGCGACGUGCUAUUCAUAAUGAUUAAAAAGAAAAGAUGACGGAACAAGUCUUCGCCACUGCUGAUAAACUAUCGAAAGUGAUAAAGAAUAUACAGACAUGUUUGCAGUGUAUGAUUUGCUUGAAGCACAGGUGUGUAAGGGAUUAGAUGCUUUUAUCUUUCAGUUUGCAUACUAUAUCUAAGCCUGUGAAAACCCUUUGCGGACAUCGAUUUUGCAACACUUGCAUCCAGACAGUGUUGCAAAACAAAAAUGCAUCCUGUCCGCUAUGCAAUUCUGCCCUCCAUCGACGUGCUAUUUCGACAGACGAGGACAUGAAAACGUACAUAGACCGGCUGGAUCGAUUGAUCGAAGCCAUUAAAAUAGACUCUGGCAUUGAUAUAUCCUCUUACUUGGACAAACCACGAAACACCAAAGAGAGUCACUCUCCAAUCACCGCCGAUUAUCAUUACGAAGAAAACGUUCAACCAAGUUGUUCCGGCAUGAAUCGAAUAUCGAAAAACCACGAGGAACCUCGCACAUAUUCUAAGAAAAAGAGAAAGAAUUUCGAAAAUAAUGAUAUCCUGAAGUUUCUGUCUAAAUACAGCCUCUCUGGUGUCGAACCUCUAUCCGCUGAAACUACGAACGAUGAUCAAAAUCUGCCUGAAAAGGAUGAGAAUUCCAAGGUGCACAGUUGGUUAAAUGCAUUGCCAGAAACCGAGGCUUUUGAUGAUCCUGAUAAAAUCAUUCCCGAACAUCCCGCUGAGUGCAAUCUCGACGAUACCUUGGCUAUGUCUGUAUCACAGGGCUGCAAAGACAACAAACUGGAAGAUUACGAGGCUGAAGAGCAGCAACAACGUCAAAGCCCUUUGAGGAGAUCCUUGUCAAACAACCAGGACAAGGAUAAUGAGGAAGAGAGGGGUCUUUCUAGGUCCUCCGAAACGAGGAAUCAUGGCUCCAAGGUGAAAUUGCCUGACGAACAGGCAAAUUCAAGGCCAACUACAUCCGGAAUCACGAAAUCGAGCGAAGAAUGCAAAGAAAGAUCGACCGACGUUCAGAGGACGUCUCCCUGCGACAUGUUACCCUCGAUGAAGAGGAACUGGUCCUCGGUCGCUCAGUUUGGCAAAGAGAUGCGCACAAAGAAGAAGAAAAAGCUGAAAUCUUUGAACGUCAGCAAAUCGCGAUCACACGAAGAGACUACAGUGGAUGAAGGAGCGAGCAAAUUAAGAGAGCCGAAGGAUGCGAGAAGAGAAAAGGAAUCCAGAGUACCUUCAGGCGUUUUCAAGGAUCACUUCAAAGAAAAGGAUCUUCCAAGACGGAAGAGCGUAGAGAGUCGUGAAGACCCUGAAGCAGCCACAAGUAUGGUCAGAAGUGUUAUAGAUCUUCGUAACCUGGAGAAGAGUCUGCCCAACGUCGAAGAAAGAAGAAAACGCGUAGAAGAAAGCAUCGAAAGAUCCAAUACGCCCAUCAACAUCACUAGAGUUACUACAGACCGAUCUGAUCUUGAUAAAACUCUACCAAACGACGAAGAGAAAAACGCAGAACGUUUGGAGAAUUCUACUGUAGAGGAGUCCUCUUUCAUCGUGUUGGAAGAAGGUGAGCAGGUUCGUAUACGAAAUUUGGACAGUCAUCGGAUGAACGACAUCAUCGGCAUUGCGGCAGAUGACGUCGAGACUCGUCCCGACUCGACUGGCAAUAAAGAUCAAAUGGAAAGUACGCUACCUCUGAAGAAGCGACGCAAUAUGUCUCACACGCCACCGUCCAAGUUGCCUAUCGAAGCAGUCCCCAAUAAAAUGACCACUGAUCGAUCGCUAUCUAACACCAUGAACGAGUCCACCUCUAAAUGUCAAUCUGUAACGAGUCGGACCUCGAAUCGUGGUAGAUUGUCCUUAAUCAACCAUAAUACCGAUCGCAGGUCCAACGAUUCUUCGCCUUCGAACGGUGCUUCGCGAUUAUCAGAUGCCAAACGCGAUCUGAACCGACAGAUUGAUGAAGGUCUUAACAAUAAUGCUUCCAAAAGAACUAUGGAAGACAACAGACAAGAGGACAGGUCUCAUCCCAUCAGAAUAGAAAAACACAAAGGAGACAGGUCUCUGGUGUCGUUUAAAAAGUUAGGCAAGAUUUUCAAGUACGGUAAAAAACGCACUAAAUUUUUAUAUCUGGGAUCAACUCGGCGCGAAUCGUUAUUAAGUUUCAAUGUAGAGAGUAAGUACAAGAAACCGUGUAACUUUGUAGAUUAUUUUAACACGCCGUGUUACCAGAAUAUAAAAUUAGAAACCACGUUUGGUAGUAGUAUACAUGUUACUGUAAACGAUUCAAUGAUGGUAACAGAAGAUAAUAUUAAAGACCUAACUGUGCCAGAGGCAGAACCUUUAACGAAGACUAAGGACGUAUCUGAAGAAGCUACCGUAAAACAAAAUAAUCCCAAAGAAACUGUCCCAGCUAUCAAUAACGUUCAGAAACCUUGCACCUUGGAUGUAGUGAUUGUCUCCAAUGACGAAAAUGAUGAACAGCCUCACUCACUCGUUGUAUCACCCUCUCAGAACGCAAUGUCCAAAAGCACAGUCAAACUAAUGUCUCCCUCGAACGAUUCUCAGCUGAGGUACUUGUCCUUCGACUCACCCAGCAGCUUUGUUGAAAAAACCUCCAGGUGCGAUCGCAUCGAAGCUGUUAAAGUCACCGAUCACAAUAGGGAUAACUUGUUAGAGGUAAAAGGAGAACAUUCCAAAGCCCUGAUUCGCAAAACAUCCGGGAAUUCCGACAAUGAUUCGCAUUGCGACUUAGCCGCCAAGAGGAAGAGAUCAAAAAAGAUGUCUACCGAUGAAGAAGGUGAUGGUUCUAAAUCUGAUUGCAGUUUCUCGUCAAAAACUACCUGUAUCAGGGGCUCGAAAAAGUUAACGACUCGCAGCAAGGACGAGAAUGUCCUGUCCAAAUCUAGUACUAAAUGUGCAGAUGUUGUGUCACUCGAUUCUGAUUCAGACACAUCAAAUUCUCAUUUAGAAAAGUACAAGAAGGUGUACAAAAGAAUAAUGUCACCAGCCCGUUCUGACACAGGUUCUUCUAAUCUUUCAGUAAAAAACAGGAAGGAUUCGACUGAUUCCCCUCCAGCAAAGCGGAAGCGAACAGCAUCUCCGGAUUCCGACUACGAGGUCCAGUUAGAAUCCUUGGUAAAUGGUUGGUGCGAGGACUUGAACAUCUCUGAUUGUGAGAAGAAGAAGAGCAUGUCGAAGGCAGCUCGUGCGAAGCCUGCUCAAGUAUACAAACCUCUUUCAGCAUCCAACUCGGCGAAUAUAGCUAACAUUCAUUCCUCGCAGCCGAGACACCUGUCCGAGUUUGCCUCCAAAUUGGCUACCGAAGAAUGGGACAAAGUGGUCCAAGUGGACCAGGAUUCACCUGACUUCGGCGCGACCAUCGACAAGAUCCAGAAUAUUCGAAACAGCGCUACAACUUCCGUAAAUGGAGAUAGUAAAAAGGCAGACACGAGGGAAGCGACCAUUACGGAUAAUUUUAACGAGCUGAACUUUGAUACCAACGCGUUCGAUGAUUACUUGGAGGCGCACGAGAUUAAAACAGCGUUUAAUCGUGACGAACCUGGUGUCACCGGAAGUUCGAGUGCGCGUUCGUUGAACAAGAACGUUAUGCUGGCACAUCGAUCUAGUAGUUCGGAUAAGGAGAAUAAAUGUAUAGGAAAAAGGAUGUUGUACGGAUGCGAUAGCGAUGAUGAUGUCACUAUGAUAAAGGAUAACAAGAGUAACGAUAAAAUGAAAGCAUUAGAAUCAACUAGCGAGCAGGUGAAGAGGAUCAGCGGGACAGAUAAAUCAUCCAUGCGUAAUUCGACGACUUCUGAUCAUGAGAAACCUGCUGUUGGGCUGCAGGGAAAUGUGGAUGACGAUGAUUUGACGAUGAAAGAGGUGGAUUAUGAACAAGACUCACUCAUGAACGUCACGGAACAUGAUUUGUUGAUUAAACAAUUUGAAGAGGAUUUGUUUGGAAAACCUCUUUUUUCGAGCGAUUCGUCUAGAUUGAAGGGACAGGAGCAAAAGACGCCGCAGAAGACGAAUAAUAGGAAUAAGGACACCGAACACUCGGCCGACGAAGACGACAUUGUCGAGAACACUCCUGACACAAAGACAAAGAAUUCGAUCCGAGAAGGUUCGGUGAUAUCAUCGUCAACAAGAAGUACCAUACCAAGUACUCCGUGCAGCAGGAAAAGCAUCCAUCCUUUAUACCAAAGUACUCCAAAAGUUCAACAAUCAUCGUCAAGGAUCGAAUGCAACUCCGCGAUAAAGCCAGCACCGAUAAACAACGAGUCAUCGCUUAGACGUAUGAAGACUACACUGGGAAUUAUGAACAAUUCGAAAACGCGAAAAUUAUGUUUCGUGUGCAGUAGUUUGAUACUUUCGCAAGUGGAACAGGUGAAAAAACUAGCGCGAAUGAUGAACGCUAAGUAUCUGACUCAGUUCGAAGAAGAGGUGACACACGUGAUCGUGAAGGUGGACGAAGGGAACAAUGGAGCGAGUAAAACCCUUAAGUAUCUUCAAGGUAUCGCGCACGGGAAGUGGAUCGUCAGCUACCAAUGGGUGAUUGAUUCCUUGAAGGAGAGGAAAUUAGUAAACGAAGAACGUUACGAGGCGGUUGAUUGCCUUACUUUAGAGCCCGGACCGCGAAAUUCGCGAUUAAGGCAGAAGGGUCUGUUCGAAGGAUUCGCUUUCCUGUGUAAAGGACCCUACGCUGACGUCUCUGUUGAACAAUAUCAGAACUUGCUACGAGCCGCUGGUGCUACGGUACUAGACUCCUUGAAUGAUCUAACCGCGGAAAAGAGUAAGCUGAAGAUCAUCAUGAUACAGGCGGACAUUCACGACUACGAGACUAUCAUGAAAUGGUACCAAAAGGCAGGCGCUGUUCCUAUUGUCCAUGAGUGGGUGGUGCAGUGUAUCAGUCAAUACAAAUUGGUAUCAUUCUAUCCGUAUCUUCAAGAAUUAUCAACUGUGGAAGUUCUAGCACUUGGAUUUCCGGAUUUCCUAGUCGAAGGAGAACCUGACGAAGAUUCUGAUAUCACCUCUAACAUGUCGAUGUGAUGAAUUAUUAAUUGUCUUCCUAUUUAUUCAAGUUACCAUUCAAGUUCGCUAAAACAGCGACCCAGAAACAUUGUAUAAUUUCAUCUAUAUAAUUUCUGAAAUCGAGUAUCGCUAACAGAGAGAAUUUUUGUUUCUGCAGAGAGAUUGCUUGUUUAUUUUACACGUGUUGGAGUCGAACCGUGAACGGUAAAAGUGUUCUAUGUAAUUGAUUAAUGUGUACUGCAGUUGCUAACGAUUUCAAAGGCAAUUUGAUUUUUGUUUUUGGAAAUUUUGUUUCAAGUCAAAACAAUUUUUCCCGUGAAGCUGGACUUCAAUUUGCAAUCGAAUUUUUAUUAGUUAUCGAGUUGUAAAAUACUCGUGUAAUUGUCUUUAUUUGUUUGCGAUAUACGAGUAAGUGAAAAUAGAAACAAAAAUUGUACAGUUCUUGAAACAUUAAAUUGCAUAAUUUUUGUUAUUGUUACUAACUUAAUAUUUACGUUUCGUGCCAUACUGUGAUCCAUAUAUCAAAAAAUAUAUUCUGUAUUAAAAAAUUGUGGCUACCAGUUUGAGCCACACCCUUAAUAUUUUAUUUCUAUAUCUGACUCGCCUGAAUCGAUGUGUUACGUGUAUCAUUACGCUCAAGGGCAACUUAGGCUUCUUUUGGUUAAGUAUGGAGAGAGAAGUCUCAUUCACCAUAUGCCUUUGAUCUUUGGAGAACUCUGGGAGAGCCUAGGCCCUAGGGAGAUCCUAACUUAGAAUCUCUAGCCUGGGACUCGAAGAACAUGAACAAAUAAAACGAGUAAUGAAACACUUCUCCCCCUACAAUUUCUUUUAAGUAAAAGAAGUUUAAGCACGCAGCUAUACGUGAAAGAAGAGGAAAUUUUUCUAGAUGUCCGCCUAUGAGUUUAAUUAAAAUGAUACAUGUUAAAUAGAGCCAAACAUACAUCUUGUAUGUUAUAUUUCCUUCGCCAUAGUGAUUAAGGGUUGAAAUCAGAGGACACCUUGAAAGGUUGCCUUAUUAGAGGCGUGCAAUAUCAUCGUCUCAUUAUCAUUACCAUCAUCAUUAUCAUUAUGGGUGGGAUCACAGAGGCUGCGUGUUGCGAAGGGGCAUUCGGACCACUACUCACGUAUUCACCGAGAGACACGCGAACGAUAUUGAUUUGCCCGGGACCACCUGUAGCCAACAUUCCCGGCUCGCACACCACCACACACCGGUGGUUAUGAAUCUCGUUCCAAUUGCCACCAAGUGAGGAGAAAUAAUCACUGUGGUGUGUUCAAAGUGCCUUACACAUAUACCCAUAUGUAACUUUGACACAAGAAAAUCAGAGAUGUAUCCGUUUUUUAGAAAUACUAGCUCUAUUCUGGCGGUCAACAUAAAUUGGUGCUCUUUUAUAUAAAACACAAAAUAUUGUGACUUGAAAUUUCGUAUAUCGCCUUAUGUUGUUUGUCAUGUUAGGCGACAAGUGUCAUAUCAGACGAAACUUUAUGGUUGUCACAAGUGUAACAGCGAUCUCCCAUGAGAAAUUGUAUGCGUAUCGAGAAAAAAAAGCAAAUUUCUUCACACAAGUUUAAUAUUUGUUUUUGUAAAAUGAAUCAGUAGAUUAUAAGAUGAUUCGGUUUACGUUAAUCGAAUGGAUGAUAAUUAUUUUUGUACAUUUCUAAUGCGCUUAUUAAAUUUGCUAUAUGUUUAA